AUGAAGGCUGAACGCAAACAAGAGGCUUCCAGUGGCGAUGAGCUGCCCCAGAAGCAGGAUCCUUUGGAGCGGCGACGGCUGCAAAACCGCCUAGACCGCAUCGCCAAACUCCAAGAGCGUGUCAUCGCCAACGAACUGCGAGCAGCGGCCGCCCUCAACGGCUGGGAUCAGGCAUAUACGACCUCAACCCGCCACACACUUCACGAUUCUGAAUGUACUUUCAACUCUCAGAAUACUUCCCCCUUGGACUCCGAGCCAUCCACCCCAUAUAUACCUCCCUCUGCACUUUCGCCUCCUUCCUGGCCCAGCGACUUCCCAUCUUUCCUGUCUCCCAGUGUAUUCACUGGGAUUAUAUCAUCGUUCGACGCGACUCCUGCAAUGGAUUCCAUAACAUCUCCACUACCUGCCCCAAUGUUUUCGAGCAGUACCACUAUCACACAGUCCCCCACAAACCAUAUGGGUGGACAUGCUUUCCAAGACAUGGCAACCAGCGGACCAAUGACCCCAGAAUCUGCUUCCUUUCCCCCAAACCAGCCUCUAUACUACCUUGCGACAGAAGCAACACUACCCCAAAUUCUCCAGGCUAUCAACACCAUGUCCCCACAAUCUCAAAUCAUCGUUCUAGUCCCGCAAGACUCAUCAUCCUCAGUGGGGCAUAAUGCCCAAACAUCUUCGUUAAAUGGAGAAAAUGGCUUUGAGAACCCUUUUUCACCAACACAGGUAAACUCUCAAAGUGUUGCAUGCCAGUGCCAGUCCUAUAAUAUCCUGUCUGGCUCCACCCACCCUGCCAUCUCUAGGACAUGGUCGGUUCCUGGGUCUUUUGUACCUGUGUGUCCCUUGCAUAAGAUGCAGGAGUCGGCGAUGGGGAAUUGCUCCGUUAUGAUGCUGUGA